GCGACGGUGGUAAGCACCAUUUUACGGAGAAGCGAGUCUCCAUUCAAACACGCCACGUCAGUUCCACACGUAGGCAUAAGCGUUCGGAAACCAGGGCGCAUGCGCAGACAAUACCAUGGGGCGUGUCAUACGCCAUUUUGGAAACGGGCAAAAUGCCUUUCACGAGGCGAAUAAAAUAAAAAAAAACUUGAAUUUACUUUUUUUGUAAGGAGAUGGUACUGCUGUGGACUGCGUUUCCUUACGUGCUCACAUAACCGAAGCUCAGGCCUGUAGGUGUAUUUUCACCUGAUGGCAGCCUCACAGCGCUGUAGGACUACAAGUCCCGUGAUGCUUUGGUGCUCAUUGUGAGACAGUCCAUGCCCCACCCAGUGCACAGGCACCGAGGAGAGGCAGCUAAGUGACGACCUCCACGUCAGCAGUUCGGUCCAUCCGGCGCUCACGUGACCCUCCCCUCACCCCACCGCAAGAUGGCGGCGCCUUGGCCGGAGUGAUGACGUUGCUGCGCUGAGAGCUGGGCGGAGCCGACACGAAGCCAAGUGCUCCCCCAAAGCCUCAGUCUUUCUACAGGUUUCCACCGGGGCAGCGAGCAGGGGGUCCAGCGGCGGCCCCUCCUCUCUCUCUGUCCCACAUCAGUCAUGGCGUCCGCCUGGCAGCAGGCAGCCUCGCAGCAGGCCGAGGUGAUCUCUGCCCGCCUCAGGGAGCUGCUGGCCGCGGGCCUGGGCCUUCUGCGAACCGAGCUAGGCCUCGACCUGGGCCUGCAGCCGCACCAGUACCCCUCCUGGGUGUUCCUGGCCGUGCCAGCCGGGCUGGGCCUGCUCGUCUUACUGCUGCUGCUCAGGGCUGUCUUACGGGGCUCCUCGGCCAGGGACCGAGUGAGGGAUGAGAGGGGACCCGCCUUCACCCAGGCUGCACCCCCAGCACCGCCUGCCAAGAAUGCCAAGGGCGAGGACCCCAAGAAAAAGAGCAAGAAGAAGCUGCCAGAAAAGGCCAAGGUGAGGAGGCAGCUAGGGGGGCUACUCCUGCCAUGGCAAGCCUGGGAGUCUCAAUUACUGCCAGCUGGAUCAGCUAAGGGGGGCUACUCCUGCCAUGGCAAGCCUGGGAGUCUCAAUUACUGCCAGCUGGAUCAGCUAAGGGGGGCUACUCCUGCCAUGGCAAGCCUGGGAGUCUCAAUUACUGCCAGCUGGAUCAGCUAAGGGGGGCUACUGCUGCCAUGGUAAGCCUGGGAGUCUCCAUUACUGCCAGCUGGAUCAGCUAAGGGGGGCUACUCCUGCCAUGGCAAGCCUGGGAGUCUCAAUUACUGCCAGCUGGAGCAGCUAAGGGGGGGGGGGCUACUCCUGCCAUGGCAAGCCAAGGGGACUUCCAUUACUGCCAACUGGAUCAGCUAAGGGGGGCUACUCCUGCCAUGGCAAGCCUGGGGGACCUCCAUUACUGCCAGCUGAAUCAGCUAAGGGGGGGGCUACUGCUGCUAUGGCAAGCCAAGGGGCCCUCCAUUACUGCCAGCUGGAUCAGCUAAGGGGGGCUACUCCUGCCAUGGCAAGCCAAGGGGACCUCCAUUACUGCCAGCUGGAUCAGCUAAGAGUGGCUACUCCUGCCAUGGCAAGCCAAGGGGACCUCCAUUCAUACCAGUUGGGGCAGCUAAGGGGGGGUACUCCUGCCAUGGCAAGCCAAGGGGAUCUCCUUUACUGCCAGUUGGAGUAGCUAAGGGGGGGAUGUAGUCCUGCCAUGGCAAGCCAUGGGGAAUCUCCAUUCCUGCCACCUGCAGCAGCUUAGUGGGGUACUCCUGCCAUGGCAAGCCUGGGAGUCUCAAUUACUGCCAGCUGGAGCAGCUAAGGGGGGGGGGCUACUCCUGCCAUGGCAAGCCAAGGGGACUUCCAUUACUGCCAACUGGAUCAGCUAAGGGGGGUUACUCCUGCCAUGGCAAGCCUGGGGGACCUCCAUUACUGCCAGCUGGAUCAGCUAAGGGGGGGCUACUGCUGCUAUGGCAAGCCAAGGGGACCUCCAUUACUGCCAGCUGGAUCAGCUAAGGGGGGCUACUCCUGCCAUGGCAAGCCAUGGGGACCUCCAUUACUGCCAGCUGGAUCAGCUAAGGGGGGGCUACUGCUGCCAUGGCAAGCCAAGGGGACCUCCAUUACUGCCAGCUGGAUCAGCUAAGGGUGGCUACUCCUGCCAUGGCAAGCCAAGGGGACCUCCAUUACUGCCAGCUGGAUCAGCUAAGGGGGGCUACUCCUGCCAUGGCAAGCCAAGGGGACCUCCAUUCAUACCAGUUGGGGCAGCUAAGGGGGGGGUAGUCCUGCCAUGGCAAGCCAAGGGGAAUCUCCAUUCCUGCCACCUGCAGCAGCUUAGUGGGGUACUCCUGCCAUGGCAAGCCUGGGAGUCUCAAUUACUGCCAGCUGGAGCAGCUUAGUGGGGUAUUCCUGCCAUGACAAGCCUGGGAGUCUCCAUUACUGCCAGCUGGGGUUAGCUAAGGGGGGGGCUACUCCUGUCAUGGCAAGCCAGAAGGUCUCCAUUACUACCAGCUGGAGCAGCUAAGGGGGGCUACGCCUGCCAUGACAAGCCAGAGUGUCUCCAUUAGUGCCAGCUGGAGCAGCUAAGGGGGGUCUCCAUUACUGCCAACUGAAGCAGCUUAGUGGGAUACUCCUGCAUGGCAAGCCUGGGAGUCUCCAUUACUGCCAGCUGGAGCAGUUAAGGGGGGGAGGUAGUCCUGCCGUGGCAAGCCUGGGGUGGGGGUCUCCAUUGCUACCAGCUCAGCCUGGUAUUAGACAUCACAUAUGGUCAGAGGGAAAAGGUCGAUUACAGGGCAGUAUUUUUAGUACAGGAAUGUGAAUACUUGGGCCAUAUUUAUCAAGGCAAAACUGAGUGCUAAUCUGGGAGAAAGAACUAAAUUAGGAGAAAUCACCAUAGAAACCAGUGGAAUGUCAAUGAACAUUUAGCACUUUGUCCCAGAUUUUAACUUGGUUUUGCCUUCGAGUCCUUGGAUCACCUAUACUCGUGGCAAGAUAAUUUUAAAAAUUAUACUCCAAAAUAUCUGUUAACCAUGGUUUUUAUAGGUUUCAUUUUGGGGUUUAAAUCUGGCUGAUACUUUGCUGGAAAUAUGUGUAAUUAGUACUGAGAUGAAGAAGCAUUUUCCUAGAGCAGUGGGUUGGCUUUCCUUUUCAUCUAUGUGCAUUAUGCAGACCACUAUCCCACAAUGCUCAGCCAGCAAUGUUGAUGAACGAGGGCCAGUUGGACUGAGGUUCACAGCUUAUGAGUUAAUUUUUCAUUACUGUCCUAUGGGGGAUGGUGACCGCAAAAGACUUUAGGGUUUUAUCAUCCAUAUAGGACUAGUUAAACAUUAGGUUCCAGCAUCCAAACUCUGUUUCCUUAUAUAUAUACUAAAUGUUUAAUAAAGAUACUCUCUGGCAUCACAACAGCCUAUUAACAAGGCACAAACUCUGAAUAUUUGUACUGAUUAUCCCUGUGAACAUCAUGAACAAUUACAUUUUGUGUGAUCAUUUUACCACAUUGGGCUCUUAAGGCUCAUGGAUUCCCCUCUGCAUUUCAGUAGGGAGCAAAACUGUAAAUCUUGUUAAAGCAAACCGAUACUGUGUUCUGAUAGUUUCAUUUUACAAAAGAAUGGUUUAUUGUCUUCAAGUAAUUCAGCCAUUACAUUAUAAGGGCAUAUUUUGUGAGAAUUAGCCAACUGAUCCAGAUGUAACAUUAUGGAUAUUGUAGCCUGUUAUUUUACUUAUGGAAUAUACUUCAAGCUCUCUGUAAUUGUUACCUUUAUCAAGUUUAAUUACAUUUUCCAUCACAUACAACACAAUCUGAUCGUGAAAUAAUCAUUUUGACCUCCAACCUACAUUUUAUUUCUCUUUUUGUUCCCAUUUAUUACAUCGGAACUGUCACUUCUGUGAUGCCAUAAUACCUCUUGCCUUAGAAUUGACAUAUGAGCACAUGGUUGUGUUUGGCCUUAAUGUGAAAGUACUAUUUUAAAUAAAGUUAAUAUUUAGGCUAGAAUAACUGCAAUGGAAUGAAUUAUUUGGAAAAUAUUAACAAUCAAGCAAUUUUGUUAUUACCUUGUUAAAUCUCCUCAAUUCUUGGGUUAGUGACUUAACUGCAGAUUACAUUCCGUCAUGGUAACAGUAAGUUUAAGCUUUCAGAAGAAAUAUUCAAUAUCCGUAUUGUAUUUUUUUUUUUUUUUUUAAAGGACAACUAUAGGCACCCAGACCACUUAAGCUCAAUGAAGUGGUCUUGGUGCCAGGCCUCCCUAGUUUUAACCCUGCAGCUGAAAACAUAGCCGUUUCAGAGAAACGACUAUGUUUACAAUGCAGGGUUAAUCCAGCCUCUCUAGUGGCUGUCUCCCUGACGGCCACUAGAGGCCGCUUGCGCAAUUUACACUGUGUAAAUCACUUAUUUGUUGCUGGAUGUCCUCAUGGAGUCCAGUGUCAAAAUAGAUCCCCAUAGGAAAGCACUGAGUAAUGCUUUCCCUAUGGGCGGGUUUGAAUGCGCGCCUCUGGCCGCGCAUGCGCAUGGGGCUCCACUCGGAAGCUGACAUCGAUGGAGAGGUCACCAGUGCCGAGGGAGCCCGGUGGUGGAUUAAGGCAAGCAAAUAAAUGGUUAAUUAACCAUUUAUUCACCGCGGAACGGGACCUAAGUCACCUAAAUGGUGACUAGGGCUCUAUAGCGUUAGGAUUACAUUUUUGUAUUCCUAACGCUAUAGUGUUCCUUUAAGUAAUGGGUGUCCAGAUUCCUAAUGCUUGCUUGCUGAAAAGCUUUGUGGGAAGAGUUGCCUGGUUACACUCCCCUGGCUUUUCAAGCAGACAAGUCCUGUUACUUCCUAGUUUGGUUGUCUCAGUGGAGGUAGACUCAGGAGCACCUGCCUUGCAUUCUCAUUGAGCUGCAUUGGGAAGUUUGUGAUUGGACAGCCACAGAACAUCUGAGCGGAGUUAGAAGGGGAGAUUUUGCAAAGAUAGCAGACAAAAGAUCGGCAGGUUUUGUAAGCUGUUUUUAUGUAGACACCCAGUAAAAAAAUGUAUAGGCAAAUACAAUCACGGUUUCAUUUUGGGUAUGUCUACUAAACAGUGAUUUUGUGCAUUUAGACACUGGAGUGUCCCAAUAAAUAUAUUCAUUAGUAACCGUGUACGCACUUGAGUUAAAACGCCUUUGCAGAGGAUGCCAAAUUUUGCAGCAUGGUAGAUGUUAAUUUGAUUUGUGGGAGCUUGGGUUAUGGUUUAUUGGAUCUAAAAUGUCAUAUCAAGAACUUAAAUGGAGACUAUAGUCCUUCGAAUAAAAAGCACCCUUGCGCCACACUACAGUAUAUUAAGGAUUGAAUAAACUUGCUGUACUUGCUUGAUUCCAACGCUGAUGUCCCUCGGCACCCCAGCUCUCAUGUCGCCAGGUGGAGGGCGGGGUGCUAAUGCGCAAGGGCAUUAGGCCCUCUCCAUUGGAAAGCAUUGCUACAGUGCUUUUCUAUGGAUGAUUGACCGAGGGCAUCCAGCGACCAAAAGUUGACUAACCACCUUAGGUGCCUCUAGUGGCUGUCUGACUGCCACUAGACGCAGUCUUACCUCUCUCUGCUUGCAGUUUAUCAAUAACUGCAAUAAUUACAGUUUCAGGAUUAAGGGGACUGGGACAGUGCAUCCAGACCACUUCAAUGAUUAUGCAGUUUUAGCACAAAAUCUUGACAGAUAAAUGCACAUCAAAUUGAGGUUUAUGGACACUAAAAUAAGAACAAAAUGACUUUUGGGUUCUUAUCCUAAAUUGAAAAGCAAGCAACUGUGUGUUAAAGCAGGGGAUUAUCUGCAGAUGUAUAGUGAAUAGGGAUUUUCUAUAACCUCACUUUAGUUAAUACAUGUUGAGUUCUGACUGGUAGUUCAUUCAAAUACUGCUUGCUGUUACGCUGCAUAUGUAGAUGGACAGGUCAUUCACCUGUAUAUGUACAUGCAUGGGGAAGGACACUUGAAUUUACUGCAAAUACUCUCUGAUGACUUUUGUUAGCAGUAAACCAACUUUAAGUCCGUUCAUGCUUAAAUGUAUUGAAUUUUGUUAGCUUAGUGUGCCACAUCGUAGAAAAGGGGAGUGAUGUAUACACUGUUUGCCAGGGAAAAGGAGCCAGUGCAAUAUAUAACUGUGAAGAGGCAUUGCAGCCAUUAUUGGAGGGAUCAUGGUGCCAGGAUACAAUCCCUGCUUUCCGAACAGUGCUCUAAGGCAGAGUUUGUAGCUCUGUGUAGAAUCCUGUCAAUUAGAGCACUUGCAGAUUCACAUUUAAUUUCAAAUGCCAUUAAGUUUUAUCGUAAUGUGAAAGGAACUUGCAAGUCAAUAGGAUGACAUGUCUUGUUGCAAAAAGCUUGGGCCAUGCUUCCUGUGCUGAGAGCCAGGAAGAGGCAAACUAGCAGGUCUUUUGGGCAGAGUCACAAGCUUUGCUUUAUUAUUAUGGGUCCCACCAGACUCCUGGGCUCCUUUUUGUAGGCAGGUUUACAACAUUCAGGCUUCUACAGAGCUGCAUAAGCUGGAUGCUGAUACUGAUGUUCAUUGGCUUUGAGCUUCAGCUAACUGAUGUAAGCCAAUGAAUGAUCUGUGCAUUGAAAUACGCACAUAAUUUAUAUUGGCCAGCCUGGCACUAUAUCUUGAAAACCACUAAAAACAAGUGAAAGAAGGUGUUUAUAACAAGUCUUCUAUCAAUUUUUCUCACAAAAGCAAUUAAAAAUAUAUAUUCAAAGAGCAGCACCGUAACCAGUGUAAUAGCUCAAACACUCAGAACAUUAAAACAAAAAAACCUAUACAGGUGUUGUCUUUAAGACUUUUUCAUACUUUAUAAUAUAUUGGUCUUAAAGACACAGCACACCUGUAUAGGUUUUUGAUAUUAUUUUUUUUUUUUUUUUAUGUUCACCUGGCACUUUUGCUUCUGGUCUGGCAAAUGACUGCAUGGAGUUCUCACACACAACUGGUACUACAUUAGAUAAUGAGAAAUCCAUUAAUAUUUUGAUUACUGCAGCUACUAGAAAAAACGUUUAGUACUGAUUGUGUCCUUUAAAUUGUUUGCCCUUCUUGAGUUUCCUAUAAACUGUGACUUGUCCAAUUCUAACUCCUAAGCCCACAACCUUGAAUACACAAUUGAUAUUAAACAAAAUUUUGUAAAGAGUUUAAAAUUUGCCUUUAUGUGGCUAAUGUACAACAUGUGAGACCUUGAAUGGUAAAACUCAAUUUAGUGCAAUGAUGGUUCACAAAAGUAGUAAAGUCAAAGGUCAGUCAGAACCCCAUCUCUCUUGGACGCUCGGUCUCUAAGCAUCCACAUACUUCUUGUUGGUCAGAUAACAUUUUGUGAAAUUGCAGGAUUUGGUAAAGUGUUUUUGUUUGGUUUUUUUUGUCUUCUUAAAACUCUUGUCAUUUCAUUUUUGCCCAUCCAGCCCAAUGGCAGACCUGUGGAGUUAGUUCAAGAAGAAGUAAUAACCACAGUGAAAAGAGACAAUGUAAAGCAGUCAGUGGAGGCAGACAAGAAGAAUGAGAAGGUAACCAUCCAUUUUUGGAUGAAUGUGUAUCACUAGAAUGUUUUAUGUGCAUGUACUAAUUAAUUUUAUAAAUUGUUCAAUUUCAUUUGCUGGGAUGAUCAAAAUACUUAUCACAGAGUUGAAGGUAUAAUUUUUCAACAUGUAUAUUUGCUGGUAAUGUAGCUAUAACAAUGUAUGGAGUAUACCUACAUUAAGUUUAAAUUCUAAUCCACCGUUUUGGGUUAAUAUGCAAGCUGCAAGAAUUGUAAGCACUGCAAAUUAUUUAUUUUAUUUAUUUGUAGAUGAAGAAGAAUAAAAAGAAACUGAAACUGGACUCAAAGCAAUCACAACCAUCUGCAAAUGUAGAUAAAAAAGAAGCGGAGGAAGGUAAAUUAAAAAUUUGCUUAAAUCCUUAUUGAAAUGAUACCUGUUUUCAGUUAUGAAUUGGAAUGAUGGUUUGUAAACUAGAGACGGAUUGGCUACUUAGUUGCUGUGGGUGUCCAUUGUGCAAUGUUAUGAAUAAACUAGUAUAGACUUCAUUUUUAUGAAACAGUUACCGUAGGGUUAUAUCUAGCAACAUUGAUGUCCAUUUUAUUAAAGUUGUAAUUUAAGUGCAUUUUGUUUCAAUAACAAGCAGUUUAAACCUUUUUCUGUUCAAUUAAAAUGCAUCCUUUUUUAAUAAUCUGUGUAAUUGCCUAUAUUUAAUAAUCAAUAUAUUUUAACAGAGCCACAUUAUACGAGACACGUGGUACUAGUGUAAUAUUUCUUCUUUAGAAUAAACUUUGGCAUGUUGCUAGAUAUUUACAUGGAUUUCUUUUGAACUCAAAUAUUUAGUUUUGUGUUAAAACAAUAUCUUUUCACAGUCUGGUCUCUCAUUGGCUGAGCUACUCUGAGGGCCUCCAAAGGUUAACACAAGGGGCGGUGGGAGGGGGUUGUUCUGUAUAUCUUCCAAAAUAGUUUUCUGUUUUAACAGUGUAGAAGUAAAUUGAGCAGAUGUAAGCAAUACUAAUAUUUUUGUUCCCUGAAAGGAAACUGGGAAACAAAAAUCAGUAACCGGGAAAAGCGUCAGCAACGUAAACGUGAAAAAGGAACAGAGUCUGACGUAAUUGAAACUACACCGCUGAUUAUUGCUGAAUCUUUUAUAUCUGUGUCUGCUCCUGCUACAGGAGUUCGUAAAACAAAAGGUACCAUUGACCUUGAUAUAAUGAAACGUAUAAAGUUUAUGAUAAUGUUUAUUAUCCACCCUCUUUGUUCUAUGGCUAUCCUUAUACUGGCAGGAUUGUGUUGGAAUUUCAGUGUUACCCAUUUGUGUACUUUUUGUUAAUGGCAAAAAGCAUAGAUUUAAUAAUUGCCUCUCUUGAAGAAAAGGAACCCCCUUCUGCCAUGCACUGUAGGUGCUUCUAGCAUUGUACAUGUUUUGUGGAAGAUAUCCAGAGAUCUUAGUCCUGAAAGUGAAUAUGACCAAAAGUGCCAAACAUGUCUACUGAUAGCUUAAUUUGUCAGGUGUUUGAGAGGGAUAUAGCGGCAUUGAGGGCAACUUGGCCUAACCAGGGAUAGGCAGUCUUUGGCACCGCAGAUGUGGAAUACAUCUCCCUUGAUGCUUUGCCAGCAUUAUGGAUGUAAGAGCUUUAUGGGAGAUGUAGUCUAUAACAUUUGGAGAGCCAGAUGUGCUAAAUCCCUUUCUACCUGUCAGUCAGUUCUUCCCUAUAGACAGAGAGCCAUCAUACAGACAGUUCUCCUACUAUAGAGCAUAUUUGGCGUGGUUGCCAUGUUUUCUUUCUAGCCAGUGCUUUUAGUGCAGAGUAGAAAAAUAUAGGAACCGAGUGAUUGAUGUCACUCCGUGCUGACGUGUGCAAUCAAGUUAACAUGUUGGGUCAUGGAGAACUGUCUCCAAGUAGGGUAAAGCAAAUCAGACCAUGAACGGGACACUGGAGUGGCUAAAGGUGGAUGUUGGGAACACCCACUGGUCUAUGCAUAUGGAGCUACACCAAAGCCCUAUGUAACUAUGUUUAAAAGUAGGCAUGUUUUGUGACUUUUUGUUAUGUUUUCUCUGUUCUUUAUGCCACCUGUAUCUUAAUGAUUAUUCUCACCCUACCUUUUCUUCCUUAUACCUUCAUAUCUGUCUCCUCGGCUUAUAUUAUCUGCUAUUUGUCAUACUGAAAGGUUCAUUUUAAUCAUUGUGGAUGUAAUUGGCAACUAAAACAGAAAUUUGUUGAAGAGUUAGACUUAAUCUCCCCACCAUCCACCCUAAAGAAAAAGGCAUUAAUGUAGGAUAUGGCAUAUGCUCACAAAAUAUUUCAAGGACCUCUUUUUGCAUGCCUGCAUGAAACAUAUUAUGACCUCAAUGUAAUAAGCUUUCCAAAUUAUUCAAUGCCACUAGAAAACUUUCUAAAUUAUUCAUCUACUGAAGUUAAAGUCCAUGGGGAUUUUUGCAGAUAUAGGAUUUGGAAAGUGUUUUCGAACGAUAUUGACUCCUUAUUAAAUCUUAAGUUGAGGCAUAUGUUGUAAAUUAGGUUUUAAUGAUUAAAUCAUGUUCUAUUGAGUUGCGUUUUGUCUUUAUAUUUUAUUUUUGAAAGUGACAUUUUACAGAAGUGUGUGUGUGUGUAUAAGAUAAAAGAUGAAUGUAAUAUUAAAACACAUUGAAAAAUACUUUUUUUUUUUUUUUUGUUCUUGUAUCCUCUGCAAUGGUCUAUUCAUUUUAUUUUAAUGUUAUUUCUGUACUUUUUUACUCCUGAAAGGUUCAGCUGAAGUGUCUGCUGUGAACGGCAGUACUUGGAGUGAGAAGCCUGCUAAAUUGAUUACCCCUCAAGAAAAAUGGGUGUCUUCAUCUGGGAAAAAGAAAGCUGAGCCUUGCAACUGGAAUCAAGAAGCUGGGGAUGCCAAUGGAAAGGAUUGGAGUGCACCAUGGAGUGAGCGGUCAAUUUUCCCGAGUUUAAGUACGGCUUUUGUAUUUAAGGGCUGCUAUAGGUUGUGUAUGCUCUCACUUAAAUUAAGAAAAUGCAAAAAUGAAGGAAGUUUAAAUAAGUGAGGCCCUUUCCUUCAAAUAUAUAUCUGCUUGCAAUGUCUUAGUAGAAACCCAAAAACAGACCCCUUCCAAAAAAUGCAUAGAUGUAAUAAGAUAUAUCCCACGCACCCUGUGCAAACAAAAUAAUCAGAAUAAAUAUUCACAUAGGAAGAUACAUGGCUUUUCAUAGGACUUUUCCUUAGUUCUAUUUAUUUAAAAAAACAAACUACAGCAAUCCUAUAGACGCAUAAAAUAAUUGCGCUAAUUGUUUCAUUCACAAAUGUAAAUGGUAGAGUGCCUUUAAUAUUAGGCAAUUAGCCUGAUUGUCCACUCCUAUAACUCCAUUCUUUCCUCAUCCGUGAAGUGGCCAAGAGUUAUAAAACCAAGAUAAUGCAGGAUGUAAACCACUUAAAAAUAUCCCAUAUUUUUCCGCGUAUAAGACGCCCCCAUGUGUAAGACUACCCCUAUUUUUGAGCCCAAAAUUAAGAAAUACAUAUUUUAAACAUCAAAUAGAAUCACUUUGUUUUUUUAGAGGUGACUUUGAGGAGAACAACACACUUCUGAUUCUCAUGCUUCCCUGUACUAAGGGACUCAGUGAAGUUUAAUGGCUCUAUAGUGCAUGCUGGGAGACAACAGCUCCCACAAUACAGCAGGUGGUGAGAGGGCAUGCUGGGAUAUCACAACAGUAUUUCCUCUGCUCGCUGAUCCUUAUUUCUUCCCCCAUGAAUAUAAAUCAGAAAGCAAUACCUACCUGAGGUGGAGCAAACCUUAAUAUGGCUGCAUGUUGUGGCAUGUAGGGACCUCUUCUCCUUGCCACAGCAUUCAGAAGUGGAUCGGCAGGCGGGAGGGAGGGCAGGAAUGUGUGUGGGCUGUGGCACACUGAAACGUGACAGGCGCCAUCUUGGCUUAAGCCCCACGCACAAGUGUUUUUUGGGGGGGAUUAACCACUGCACUCUUAUUUCGCGUAUAAGACGACACCCAAAUUUAGACUAAAAAAAAAAAAAAAAAAAUAGAAAAAGUCUUAUACAUGGAAAAAUAUGGCAAGUAAUUCUUUUUUUUUUUUUUUUUUUUCGGUGAGUGCAAGAUUUACAGGAGAUUUGAGACUGCUCGAGUAUGUCAUUUGGCCUGAAAUAUAAGUUGUAAUUGAUGGCCAACCACCUUUUAUGUACAUUUGGUCAGGUUUAUCAUUGCUCAUCUUGUUUGUUUAUGCAUUUUCAGCUGCUUGGUCUGCUGUGGAUGGAAGGAUAAACAAAGCUGAAACGAGGCCUCCGUUUUCCAACAUUGGAUUAAACAGUACGGUGCCUGGUAAGGUCCAUUAUUCCAGGAAUUAUCGUGCUAAGCUGUGUUUGGAUUAUAAUCAUAAUGUGUUCUAUACUUGCAUUCACUCUCUGUUGGUUAUUAUUAGCGUUUAUAUAGCACCAACAUAUUCAGCAGAGCGUUACAGUUUAGAAUGGGGAUAUCUGGCAUACAGAAUUUUAUAAAUCCUUAAUAUUAGACAUUCUCCCCGUAGGAAAUUUUGUGUGGUCCAGUACUGAAAUAGUAGAUGAAGGUAGUUUAAAUAGUAAUAAAUAUUAAAAAUCUGAAGUUUGUGUACUCUCUUGUAACUGCAGUUUGUUUUCCUUUUAUUAAUCUGUUAACUGUUCUGCUGGUGGCCUGUGUAGGAAAAAUUGUCUCUUAUAUGAAUGGACAUGAAAUGGAGAAACACAAAUCCUGCUAGUGUUCAGGUUGUGACACAUUGUAAACAUUCCAGUAUUGAUUGUUUCAUUCAAUAUCUUACCGUAAAAAAAAUCACCAUUGAGUCUCGAUUUACAAAACCUGAAAAAUUCAAAUUUUGUCCCAGUGCUAUAUCAUUGUUUAUAACUGCUUUAUGUACUGUGCACCCAAAAACACUUGUUUUCCUGUUUUUAAAUAUAAUUUUAUAUAUAUAUUUUAAUUUUUUUAAGCUGUGGUUAGUGAUCCAGUUGCUCAGCCUAAUGUCUCUGAUAGCCAGUGGGAUGUGGGACCUGCAGAACCCUCCAUGGAUGACGAAUGGUCUGGAUUAAGUAUGUAUAGUAUUCAGGUGUUUGUUUUUGUUUGUUUUUUUUCCACCUAUCUCUACCUCAUUAUUUUAUAUAUACAUAUAUCUCUCCUCUCUCUCUCUCUCUCUCUCUCCUCUCUCUCUCUCUCUCUCUCUCUCUCUCUCUCUCUCUCUCUCAUGCAACUGAAGGCACAAUUUGUUCAAAAACCACUACAAUAAACUGUAGUGGUUCUGGUGCUUAAAGAGCCUGUCCCUGCAUUGUAAACACUGUGAAAAGGUAGUGUUUCCCAUUUGUCUCCAAGAACACCUCUAGGUGCAUCUUAUUAAGAUUUUGCAAUGCCUAUGAUCAUCUUCCCUCUAUAAAGAUUCCGGAAGCUUUCCCAUAGAGAUGCAUUGGUAUAAUUUGUCAUAAUGACAAGAUUGAGGUAGAUGCAGCGAUCACCACACAUGACAUUUAACGGUAUGCAUUUAUUUUUUUUUUAAAUCUGUGAGUUAUCCAUAUACCACAAAAUGCACCAUCGUCCUGCCCUCAAUUUUAUUUUUAUCUUUCUACACUGGGCGUGUUAUUAACCUCUUAAGGACACAUGACACGUGUCACAUGUCAUGAUUCCCUUUUAUUCCAGAAGUUUGGUCCUUAAGGGGUUAAAGGGACACUCCAUGCACCAAAACAACUUCAUCUAAAUAAAGUUCUGUUGCCCAGAGGCACUCUUACUUCAAGGGAUUAAAGUGUUGUCGAAUGAUUUAACCCCAUAGUUGCCUACAGCAGCAAUUUCCAUGAAUUUGUUUUGAAUAAAUUUAAUUCACUAAUAUUUAUUUGACUGUUAUCAUUCACUUGUAAAAACCUUUUUUUGUAUUGUACGAAUAUGUGGUAAAAGGGUACUGGGAAUUUGCAUGCACACUUAUGUCUGUCAUUGAGUUGUAUGGAAUGCCCGCCAAUGAAUGAUGUCGUCUUUAUUUUUUACAGUACUUAUUGCUUAGUAUUGAACAGAAAUGUUUUGAGUUGGUAUAAUACGGUAAACUUUACUGUCCACAGAUGGUUUAAGUUCAACUGAUCCCAGUUCUGAUUGGAAUGCUCCAGCUGAAGUUUGGGGAAACUAUGAUGAAGAAGAACCAGUGACCGAAGGCCAACCGGAGGACCCUGAACAAGAAGCUCUAAAGGUCUGUUUUUAUUUUGAGGCAAUAUUUUAUGGUAUUGUUACUCCAGCAAUUAAUCUUUCAUAAUGAAUCUCGCCCAAAAUGAAACCUUUAAUAUCAUUGUAGUACUCCUUUUAAGUCCUGCUACACCAGGGGUUCUCAACGUUAGUCCUCAGGACCCCCUACCAGUCCAGGGUUUAGGGAUUACCUGGGUGUGUCUAAGGUGUUUAGAAAAAAAAAAAAAAAAACACCUUAGAGUCUAAGGUGUUUUUUUUCCCCCCUUUUUCUAAACACCUUAGACACACCCAGGUAAUCCCCAAAUCCUGGACUGGUAAGGGGUCCCAAGGACUGGGUUGAGAACCCCUGCGCUACACUAUGGCAUUGGGAAUACAACCACCCCACCCCACCCCAUUUAAAAUGUAAUUAAAAAAAAAAAAAAAGUGCUGUUCACCUCCCUACCUCUGUAACAUCACAGAUGGUUCAAUCCAAUGAUCCUGAUAGACCAUAAAAUGACCAUGAGUGGGCAAGCACCACAUGUACAUUCAACCUUCCCUAUAGAAAAAGCAUUGAGUCAAAGCUUAAUUAUGGUGGCUUCUGUGUCAUGUGACCAAGUUUUACUCGGUUAGUGCAGUAGAUGCUCUAGUGGCUGUGAUACUGACAGCCUCUAAAGGUGGUCUUAGCCAUGCUGUGUAAACAUUGCAGUUAAAAAAAUAAAAAUCCCAGCUCCAUCAUGAUGCAGUUUCACAUCUGUUCUUCUGUAGUGACAUUUGAAGUCCAUUCACUCAUUCACAGACAUCACAGGACUACAGAGGAGCAUUGCAUGUACUGCUUGUCUGUCUGGAGCUAGUCUUAUAACAGUCGCAGAUAUAAAAUAGCUAGUUUAGAGCCUAAAUGCCUAUAAUUCAACAUAUAUAGCCAACAUUUAACUUCCAUCCUGUCAAUUUUGUCCUUUUUUUUUCACAUGCAUAACUGUGUGUGGGAAGACUUCUUGUGGGGAUGUGUCUAUGGAGAGUAGAAAUUACUGGGAUUUCCAGGGGGGUUAUGAUUCUGCACCCUAGUUAUAUGGUGGGCAGAGAUUGUAGUCAACAUCUCCUUAAGAUCUAAAUUACCGUGAGAGCUCUGUUUGGUCUAAAACCUUGAGAAUUGGCAAUAGUUGUCUGCACCUACUUGAUGUGAUGUAGUGAAGCUCUCCUUGCCAGCCUGUGCAGCAGUAAGAUGCCCCCUUAGCAUAUCAUUCCAGGUGAAUACGUUAUUUAUCUUUUUGUAGCGCUGAUCUUUGCUCUGUAGAAUGGAUGUGUGGUCUACAGAUGGUGUGGAGAGUGCCAGAAGAGAUUUAUUUAUUUAGUUUAUUCUCAUUGCAUUUUCCUUAUGUGCAUUGAAAAUGAGAACAUGGUUUUUCAUUCACUUAAACUCAGGUUUCUGACAAUGAGAAGGAUGAAUCAGCUGCUCAAAAUUCUUCAAGUGGUAAAACCAAGAAGAAGAAGAAAAAGAAGAAGAAGCAGGGAGAAGAGUCUGGCUCUCCUACACAAGUAAGCAAAUGAGAAGCAUACACGUUCUGGGCAUCUGGGAAUUUUACACCUACAUAAAUCUCCUCUAUUGAUAUUCUAUUGAAAAAUUUUAUGGUGUGGACACAAGUAAAAUUCGCUCUGUUAUUACUCAUGCAUGUUAGUGCUUUAGUGUCUUUCAUCAUAGUUUUUCUUCUAAAGCAUGCCUUAACACAUCUACCUCUCUUACAGCGAUCACAGAUAAAAUCAUUGUGUAGAUUAUCACCUUGUACUGGAGCUGGAUUCUAGUCAAUAAAAAUUGGCAGCCUUUCCUACUAAAAUGUUGUAUCAGACAUGUAGUAAAAGACUCUUUAUUCUAUUUAAAUAGGAUACUGAAGGGAAUGAUGGUGAUGUAGUGAAUAAUGUCCAAGAACAUACUCCUGAAGCACCCCCUCAAACAACAAAAAUUACUCCAGUCAAUGCAGGAAAGACCAAUGAACCGAAAAAGACUAGUGAGCCGAAAAAGACUAAUGAGCAAAAAAAACCUAGUGAACCCAGGAAAAACAGUGAGUCUAAAAAGACCAGUGAACCGAAGGCAACUGAACAGAAGAAGUCUGGUGAACCAAAGGCCAGUGAACCGAAAAAAGCCGGUGAGCAGAAGAGCAGUGAACCAAAAAAGGCCAAUGAGCAGAAAACGAAUGAACAGAAGAAAAAUAAUGAGCCGAAAAAGACCAGUGAACAGAAAAAGAAUAGCGAAUUAAAGAAGGUAUGGCUUUUGUUUUGUUUUCUGUUGUCAUUUUGUAUAUUUACAUUGGAAGGCCAUCCAAGGCUCUAACUGUGCAAUAACCUAAUUCUUGCUCCACAAACCUUAUGUGCUGUGCUUGCCUUUUUGCUCCACAAAUACUGCUACACAUGAUAUCAUGACUUGCACUUCUGGGAGUUGUAGUUUAGCUGUUCGCUGUUAUUUGAACGCGCAACUCGCAGAACACUUGCUGUGUCCAUAAAAUUUGUGGAUACAUUCAGGUUUGCUAUAGAAAGUUAAAUAAGGUGAGCCACUUCCUGGUUUGAUAAGAGCCCAUUUGUUUUUGUAUAUAUGUCAUCAUUUGGCUUUUAGCAAGCACUAGUAAAAUUCUAAAUUAUUUGCUGAUAGCAUAUGAGAACACUGCUGAAGAUUUGAUUAUUUUUAUAUUGUAACCUAUACCUCAUUCAAAAGCAGUGUAUUAAACUUCUGAUGUAUGUGUUGUGAACCUUUUAUAUUGUACAAUAUUCUUUGAAUGUUCAAGAACAUAUUUACUAUUUGAAUUGAUUUAACACUGCAUAUUAAGGAGACUAACAUGCAGCCUGUUUUUAAAUAGCUAUAUAUUAUUAUUUUUUUCCCCUUUAAAACAAAAAUAAGUGUGAAGAGGAAAAUCGUCCAGUUACUGUACUCAUGGAGUCACCGGUAAUAAACACACUUUCGGAUAAGAGUUCUUCCAAGGGGCAGCAGUCUCAAGAGAAAGGCCCAUCAGUUAACAAGCAGAACAUUGUGCCUCCACCACUACAAGGUUAGAAUAUGCUAUUAAUUUUAAAUAUGUAUGCAAAGUAAUUGAAACCACUUUUCCCCUUCCUUUAAACUGUGCUUAUAAAGUGCUUGCAUGUUCUGAAAUCUUCUUUAAACACUUUGUUGUGCACACAAUGAGCUUAAUAUCCAUGCAAAUCACAUAAACAUUGCUAAGCUGUAUUGUGUUAAGUCCUAUUAAUUGAUUAUCCUUCAAAUGAUUUUUAUUUAAUUCCACUCCUCUAUUCUGAAUUCAAAGUUUACUUAUUUUUAUUUGUCAAGGUUCAUCUAUCAUGAUGACAAACAUGACCUAUUGUCACUUUGUCAUGCCCCUUCUGCCUUUUAAAUUUGCUUAAAGGAACACAAUCAUGUUAGGAAUAUGAAUCCGUAUUGCUAACAUUAUAGUGUCCCUGUCCCUACUGGUAUCAGGUGUGUUCAAGCCCCCACUUCCUCUAUGAAAUCCCCCUGCUGCAGCCCCGGCCCUCCAGGGCCAUGUGAUCACAUGGCUACAAUAGAAGUCUAUGCAGCUGCCAGCAGGGGGACUGCCUGAAAAAUCAGGCAGUCCCCCAGGCACCUAAAAUGUAAAAAAGAAAAUAUAUUGUACAUGUAUAAUAUAAAAUGGUUAAAUAAUUGUAUCAUGUAUCUCAUAUUUGCAUUAAGUGUACUUUGAGAUAUAUACAGAUAUAUAUCAAAAUACACUUAUGUAAUCCUAUAUAUGUAUAAUAUAAAAUGCUUUAUUUUAUAAUAUAUUAUACAUUUAGGAAAUUGUGUGUGUAUAUUAUAUUAUAUUCACUACUCUACAUACAGAGUGAGUGAAUGUCUCACGAGUACAACAGUACGCCUCAAGUAUAGGUUUUAUGGUGAUUUGGAAAGUUACAGGGUCCAACAUAAGAUUUGCCAAUUUCUAUUUUUGUAAAUUGCUAUUCGCCAGAUUGGCUAUGUUGCAGAUGGCAGCCCAGAAAUGAAAAUUAACCCUACCAUGUCAUACCAUUUGAAAAAGUAGACAGCCCAGUGAAUUCAAAUGUCCAGUCUUUUGUAGUAGCCACAGUGUCACAAACACUGGCAAAAGUUAGUAUUUAUAUUUGUUUGUGAAAAAUGCAAAAAAACUAAUAUUAACGCUAACUUUGGUCAGUGUUUGUGACUAAGUUGUCUACUAGAUACCAUACGGUCUCAAAGGCAACAUAACUAAUUUGGCAAAUUUCAAAGGAACACUGGCCAAAGAUAGCGUUUUAUUUGUUUUUCACGGACGAUAUCAUGGUUGUGAUACAUUUUACUGUUUUGAAACACUCAUAUUUGUGUUCAGCGAAGUCUCUCUAGUAUAGCCGUGUCAUCCCUCCCCCCCCCCCACCCACCAUUUACUGGUUUUAUGUUUUUGAAAGUUACAGGGUCAAAUAUAAUUACUUUAUAUAUUAAAACUUCCAGAGCCCUUUCCCUAAAUUUGUUAUCCUAAUAUUUAAAGGAACGCUGUAGGGUCAGGAACAAAAACUUGUAUCCCUAAACCUAUAGUGUUAAAACCACCGUCUAGCGCUCCUGGUCCCGUCCCCCCCCCAAUUCUUGCUUCUGUAAAUAUAGUAAAAUCUUUUAUACCAGUCUGCUGACCUCAUCAGAACUUAUUCUCUUAACCAAUCUCAAUGCUUUUCCUUAAGAUUGGCUGAGACUAUCAAGGAGGCAGAGCCAGUACAAGUCAAACACAGCCCUGGCCAAUCAGCAUCUCCUCAUAGAUGCAUUAAAUCAGUGCAUCUCUAUGAGGAGAGUUCAGUGUCUGCAUGCAGAAGGUGGAGACACUAAAUGACAGUACUGCACAAUGUGCAGCACUGCCCCAGGAAGCACCUCUAGUAGCCAUCUGAGGAGUGGCCUGUGGAGUUAUCACUAAGCUGUAAUGUAAACAUUGCCUGUUCUAAAAAUAGUGCUUACUGCAAAAAACCUGAAGCGAAUGAUUAUACUCACCAGAACAAAUUCAAUAAGCUGUAGUUGUACUGGUAAAUAUAGUGCCCUUGUAAGGAUACCAACUUAGGUAGCCAUCUGCUAAACACAUACACAUGUAUAUACGUAUGCGCACACAUGUAUAUACAUAUGCGCGCGCCCACACCAAAUCACAGACCUGUAUAUACAUAUGCAUGCGCACGCACACUAAAUUACAGACCCACACACACCUAUACACACACACACACACACACACACACAAAAAUACACAAAAAUCCCAUACACAUUUCGUACUAAAGAGGUCCACACAAUAUUGCUCUGGAAUGGAUCCUCUGUCCCUGGUGGCCAGUGGUUGCUGCUGGGCUGGGACCUCUUUUCACAGGUCCAUUGCGCACCCAGCAGUGAUGCCGAUGCCAGGAUGACGUCAUAUCCUGGUGGCUGGCUCACUACAGGGAGCUGUCCAGUAGGAGCACAGAAUGUAAAGGGCUUCCCUCGCCUCCCUGCAGCGUAGAAGGCAACUAGGCCGCACUGCUAGCGGUCCCGGCCGCAGGUUGGACAACCCUGUUUAAUACAUUCAAAAGUUAUUUUGAAACCGAGAAGGUGAGUUAAUUUGAUUUUGUAAAUAUGCUGUAAAGGUAAAAUCUGUUAUUGGCUAGCAUGCAUUCCAUUCGAGGUCAGCCACUGAUCACUGAGUGGCUGAGGUAAGGAAUGUUCUCGCACAGUGAGCAGCAGAUAUUUAAAGGUUAAAUGAGUGCCAGACGGUUUAUGUAGAUUCUACGGUUUUUAGCCUACUUACAUUUUGUAUUUCAUUUUAUAGCUAAAUUUGGAAAUUGCCCACAAGUAUAUAAAUGAAAAUAAAGAUUAAAAUGUAUCAUUUAUUGUUACAUUUAAAAUAAAGAACAUCUUUAACCCCUUAAGGACACAUGACGUGUGUGACAUGUCAUGAUUCCCUUUUAUUCCAGAAGUUUGGUCCUUUUUAAGGGGUUAAAUAUCACUCAGUGAGAAAAGGGUAAUAAAUAUAUAUAUGAAUUUGAUAGACCCUAUGGAAAAGAAGAGAGAAAAGAAUGUUUUGGCUUGAAUUUUGUUAGCGGAGAUUCUAAACUCUGCCUGGCCAAACGCGCGUCGGGACUCUGCUCAGAUCACUCAUUACAACUUCCUCAAUACUUUAGAGUUUUUAAAACUCCCCCUUGGCGGCAUUUUACUGUUUGAGAGGAUGACACUCCUAGGAGACUGGAGUGCAGCCGUCUUAUUUCUGAGCCAGGAUUACCUGAUUUAUGAUAGGAGCUGCCUUGAUUCUGGGUGUUAAGCUUUAUCUUAUGAUAGGUGCCCCUGAAGGCACACACAGACCUCAAGUGUACUGUAUCUUAGACACUCAUUACCAAAGCAAAUCAGUAUUUACUCUCUCACAGACAACUAGAUAUAUAGGCUGUAUAGUCAGUACCUGUAAUAAAUUAAGUGACCAUGAAGGCACAGUUUAGAACCUCCGUUAUAAUUAUCAGCUAAACCUAGAUAGCUCCAUAUUAUUCAGGUUGAUAAUACAUGGACUAUUUAAUACGUUUUUCUUUCUGAUACUGUAGUUUAACUAGCUACUACCGUCACUACCCUUGAUUGCAUAUUUACUUUAUAACAUUUUGCUAUUCUCUCCAAGUAGCAACUACGAGAUACAUUUCUUGCUAAUCGCUACUAAGUCUUGCUGAUUGAUAAUACAAGGGAACUGGAGCUAACUAGAAUCCAGCUAAACAUAUAUUCUUUUCUCUCUUCUUCUUUUCCAUAGGGUCUAUCAAAUUCAUAUAUAUAUAUAUAUAUAUAUAUUGUUUUUCACGAUAGUACCUUUUUCUCACUGUCAUAUUUAAAGAUGUUCUUCUUUAUUUUAAAUGUAACAAAUACGUUUUAAUCUUUAUUUUCAUUUGUAUUAUAUACCUGUUUGCAAUUUCCGAGUUUAGCUAAUUAAUUACUACUAAAGGGUUAUUCCCUUAUAAAGCCUGCAUCAUAGAGCUCACCGUUCUUUCUAACUAUUUCAUUUUAUACUCUCACCUGGAUGAGACUAUAGUGGUCAGUGCAUAUUUAAUGCUGUCAGAAAUUAGAAGAUGGCCAAGCAAAGAGAUGACAGUAUGUGGGUAGUCCUGUUUCAUCAAAUAUGUUCCAGUUAUGUCAAUUUGUUUUUUAAUCUUGUGUUGUAUGGUUUUUAUUCUUUGUAUUACUCAUAACAUUUCCAGAUAGCAUGAAUUCUUAGAUUUAAAAAAACACAGAAAACAUUCUUACCAAUGACAAACAUUUAUAUUUUAGGUAAAGCUGAAGAGAACUGGGAAUCUCCAAAACAAGUGAAAAAGAAGAAAAAGGCCCGAAGGGAAACGUGAUUUUUCUUAGAUGAUAUCGAUCACAUGUUCAGACACUGUCUUGGAGAUUAUGCGGUUUAUGCAAUAAUUUGUGAACAUGUACAGAAUUUUAUAUAAAUUGUCAGAAUUUUUAAAGCUGAUAUCAACAUGACCUUGCUUAAAACAGGAGGAAAUAAAGGAAAAGUAAAAAUAUGCUUAACAUACGAGGUCAACGUGAGAAAGUACUGGAAACAUUUUGAAGAUCCUGAUUUGUGAGGGGGAGGUGGGCUGUUUUUUGUUUUGCCAACUUGGAACAUAUAAAUUUGUUUAAAAAAAAAAAAAAAGAGAGAGAACUUAAUUCCUGAUUUUACAAAAUGGUGAGCAGUUUACAUUAAAAUUGUACCCCAACGUGUUUCAAAUAGUACAACCAUCUGGGAUGAUUAUGUGAAACGGCAGUUCUGCUAUCCUCAUGUGAAAAGUCACUUUUUUCUAACUUUUAUAUCUAAAUGCAUUGUAUGCACUAGCUAUGUACUGCCCCAUAGCAACAUCACAAGUUCAAGAGUUAACAUGAAGUUAAAAUAAGGACUAUUACAGACUGAACGGCAGUGAAUUAUGAAAAUUGAGCAUGUGUUUCAUUACAUUUUUGUCUUGACUGUCCCCUUUUAAACAACUUUUAUGUAAUAAUUUUAAGGCGUGACAUUGUGUUCUUAAGUCUUUUCAUCCUUUUGAUAUAAUUGUUAUCUGCUUGAUGGCUUUUAAUCCAUCUAUUUUACCCACAGCACGGUCAAUCAUGUUUUGUAAAAUGGCUAUAUGUCUUUGAGUAACUCACUGUUUUUGGUUUGACCCUAACCAAGACUUUUUUUUUCUUCUCCCAUUCUUUAACACUCUGUGCUGGACUAUUUAGAUUGAUACAAUGGCUCCCCAAGCUUUAAUUGACAAUGUCAAGACUUCCAGUAAUCAGGAAAUAUUUUGUUUUCUGCCUUAACCUGUAGUACGUAGACCGUAUAUGUAGAUUUCAUUGAACAAGUUUAGUGUUUUUAUAAUAAAGAUACUGCAGCUGUAAUUCAAAAUGCUUAUUCCAGCUUCAGGCUGUAUUGAUUUUUAAAACGGUGUGUGUGUGGUUUUAUCACCACUCCAGGCACUACAAUUGCAUUUUAUUAAACCUACAGCUAACUUUGUAUCUGUAUUUUGUGCAUGGUAAGUCAUACCUUGUAAAUAGCCUUACCAAAUGUUCUCCUUUCCCCCAUUUUCUCUUUCUAUAAAUAACAUCGCUCUGGAAAAUAUAAUGUACAAGAGAAGCCAUGUCAAAUGUAAUGUCUUGCGGACUGCUACAACCUCAGUAUAAACACAAUAUCGGUAGUUUCCAAUGGUACUGAUCAAUGGCUUUAUAUUUUUUCCUCUUCAUGUGAUUGCAAGUUAUUUCAGGCAUCAGACUAAAUCAUAGUCCUUGGAACUUCUGGCACCUUUCUUUAAUGGUUAAAAGCAUUGAAUGUUUUGGAAUAAACUGAACUGUUUUAUGAAAGGUUUUUUUUUCCCCUUUAAUUUUUCAUGGACCUAAUAAAAUAAAAAUGAAAUUCAACCCUUUUUGAGAAACGUGACAAUUUAAGUUUACAUGUUCAAAAGCUUUUGUUUAAUUCAGUGAUAUUUCUAAGUUGAUUUUGUUUAAAUAAAUCUUGCAAAUUCAGCA